AGGUAGAGGGAAAAGGAUAAAAGGGGGUGCGGGCAGGUACCUAGUUUCACUUUUCAGGACAGAUAGCUAUCUAUAUGAUCGGUUGUUUAGCGACGUUGCUUUCUUUGAGUGCAUGUGUAUUGUCUAUUGUAUUGUGUCAAUGUCGGAUAUAUGAUACGAUCACUGCUUCUUCGCUGCGUUCCUUGGGCAUGCUGAUGUAUGGAUCUUGCGCCUACUGGUUCAGGCCUGUUAGGAGCUGGGGCUCUGUUGUUACAGCUCGCCGGUUUGGAGGCAUUUCAACUCCUCACAUGCUGUGAUGAUGCCUCUCGAGGUAACAUACACCAAACUACCACCAAACAGGACCUGAAAUGGGUUCUGCGAGAAAACAGAAAUCCAAAGAGAAAAUCUUAUCCGGAUUUCCCCCCCCUCUGCUCCAACCAUCGCCAUCUGGCCAGCUGGCCAUCCCUCUCUAACACAGACAAUAAUAUCCAGAACGUCUAUAGCCUGUUCAGGGUGUUGUAUAAGCCUGGUCAUGCUAUGCUAUCUACAGCUGAGUUUGAUAUGGGUCUAUACAAAUAUCUAUCUACCCGGGGGGAGGGAAUGGGAAACGGAAAUUGGGAUUGAUGAGGGGGAGAAGAAAGAGGGAAGGAAUGAAUUGAGUGAGUGAGUGAGUGAGUAAGGAAGUAGAGGGGGGAUAGUAGUACUUGGUAGUUUAUUUUGG